AUGGAAGACAGUGUAACCGAAGUUCCUUCACUGAAUCACAAUUCAGAAGAUGGAUACAAAAGAAAAGAUCUUGAAGAAAAGGAAAAACACAGAGACAUUAAUGAUGGUGGUGGCGGAGGUGGAGGUGGAGGUGUAAUUAACAACUUUAUCUCUACCCUUAUGACUCCUUUGAGUCCAAGAAUUGGUAAAUCUACUACUCCUCAAGAUGGAGGUGAAAAUGGGGUGUUUGAGAAAGAGGUUGAUGACAAUGGUGGUGGUGGAAGAAAAGGGGUUAUCAACAACCUUGUUUCUAAUCUCUUUUAUAGAAGUGAAAAAAAUGAAGAAAGUGUGGCGGAAAAGGAAGAUGAAGAAAUCAAAGCUGAUGAGAAGGUUAAAAGAUUGAAGACAGAGAAUGAGGGUAACGGUGGCGGUGGCGGUGGCGGUGGAGGUUUUAUUCAUGACAUUGUUUCUCAUUUGCCUACUUCAAUCCCAGAUGAUGCGGGUCCAACAGCAGAUGAGGCUGCUAUUUUGAUUAACUCUCUUGUUCGGGACUAA